AUGUCUCGGGCUCAGGCAGAAAACGUGAUGAACAUAAUUCGUGAAGUAGUUCAGGAGUGUACGAUGCAGGGACAGUCUGUGUCGGACACUCUGGUGGCUUUCAUGGUGAAAGCUGUAGUGUUAGACCCAAGAAAUGGCUUUAACGUUGAUGGGACACUCACCAAACAAGAUGUCAAAAAAAUUGAAGAGCUGUGUCUGGAUAAACUCAUGGAAAAGUGCAGCCCGUCCCUUGACACAAUCAAAAUGCAAGUGUAUUUUGAUAUGAAUUAUACCUCUCGACGGGAGUUUCUUGAGCAAAUCCAACGGGUGAUGGAAUCCAGACUGACUUCGAUGAGCAGAGAGAUCACCGACAGCAGGGUGAAAACCAGGGAGGAGUUAGACACUCUGUACCGUAAAAUCGUCACCUAUAUUCUGCUGCGCUCCGCCAUAGGCGCCCCUACAGACACCAAAACUCUGCGAGAGGCUACAGCUGCUCUACAGAGCAUUUUCCCUCAGACUGAACUGGGUACCUUCAUGGUGCUCCUAAAGAAAGACAAGGAGCAGCAGCUUGUAGAGCUCACCAUGCUUGUCACUGGGAUCCUGCUCUUCAACAAAGCCAGCAAGAAAGGAGAGGAGGAGUUGGAUGACUUUUUGCCCACAGUUGUCAAUGAAGCUCUUCCUGUCACCAGUAAAAGCAUAGAACAUGAGCUGCAUGUGACACAGAGUCUGGCGUGGAAGUAUACAGUUCUGCUGGAGAAGCUAACAGACCCUGACAUUCACCCCAAACAGUGUGACGUGCCCAUUGUCCUGCUUAAACAGGCUCUCUACAACGUCAGGCAGCAUGAAGUUUUCCUCAAAAUGUUACUGACUGAUGCAGGUUCAUGUAGCAAGCACAUUGACAUCCUGCAGACUGAGCUCUCAUCACAGAUGAAGCAGCUGAAAGACACUGUGCAGUCAAAGACGGCGGUACCAACUGCAAGAGUUUUUCCACUAUUCAAGGUCCUGUCAAAGCUGUGGUCUGGACUUCAGGAUGAGGCUGAGCUUCUGAAUAUUAUCAGUAACAUCGCAUUAAAUCUUCAGCCCUUCCUCGCCUCUCAGGCCAAGAUUUUCUCUGAAGCUUAUCUGGACAGCCUGCUGGAGGCAUCAGAGGUGAAGACAGAUGAGCAGAGACUGACUGAUUCCUCAGAUGAGCGGAUUGAUCCAGAUCAGAUGAAACCACAAGAAUGGCUCCUGCCUGAAACAACAACCAGUUUUGAUGAGCUGCCGUUGCAGUAUAAUGGAUUCUGUGGCUACACACUUGUGAACAGAGAUGGGCUUUUACUUCCAGGUAACCCACACAUCGGAGUGUUGAAACACAAGGAGAAGCUCUAUGUUUUUAGCUCUAAAGAAGCCGCCUUGAAAUUUGCCUCCAGUCCAGAUGACUUUAUUGAGGAGGUGGCAGAAAAAGCCAAAUGCUUUUCUGAACUCAUUCAAUUCUUCAAACUCCACCAGCAGUUUUCCUGUGUCAGUCCAUACUCUGAGUUGCAGCCAGGAGAAAGUUUGCUGGUGAAACCCAUCACCAAGUGUGAGAGCGGCACACAGACUGACAUCCACCCAGUGGAGACAAACAUCGUCAAGUCAUAUGAGUGGAAUGAGUGGGAGCUUCGACGAAAAGCUCUCAAGCUGGCUGAUCUUCGGACCAAAGUGACACACUCGAUGCAGACUGAUCUGAGCCACAUGAGACGGGAAAACACCACUCAGACAUGGCUGCCCAAAGACGCUGCCUGUCAAAGCAAGAGAGACGGUGAGAGCAACGUGCCCAAACCUCAGAUCUACCUGGCAGGUCUGAGGGGACAACGGAACGCACAAGUGGUCAAAACAAACCUGACCAGAUCUGUGGAUGAAUAAGAAAGGUGUGCUGUAACAUUUGACACAAUAAAAGUUAUUCUAAGCA